AUGGCAAUGUACGUGAUGUUGUCUGUGUUCCUGAGUCUAGCUGCGCUUGCAGGAGCCGUACCAGUCGUUUACUUCCCAUUCAACUCUCAGCUACCACCUGCGACGAGGAUAUCGGAGCCAUUUUCGUACACUCUUUCACCUCAAACGUUUUCUUCGCAAUCCCGACUAUCUUACAGCCUCCUGAACUCGCCGGCAUGGCUUUCGAUCGAUGCUAGCACCGGCCGGCUCUCUGGAAUCCCCGAAGACAAAGAUGUUCCGGCAGGAGAAGUUGUGGGCAUCCCGGUGGACAUCGUUGCAACGGACGAUUCUGGGUCUGCUACGAUGACGGCCACUCUCGUGGUGACGAGGAGGCCUACACCCAAGCUCAAUAUCCCGCUAUCAGAGCAAAUUAAGAAUUUCGGUGAUACAUCAUCGCCAUCUGCCGUCGUGGCCUCUCCCGCCUCCGACUUCUCCUUCACAUUCGCCAAGGACACGUUCUCUUAUGCUGGAGAUGGGCUAAACUACUACGCCACUUCCGCAGAUAGCAGCCCUUUGCCUUCGUGGAUCAAGUUCGACGCUGGCAGCCUCACAUUUGCCGGGAAAACACCACCAUUCGAGUCUCUCGUCCAGCCGCCCCAAAAAUUCGACUUCAGCCUCGUUGGUUCUGACAUUAUCGGAUUCUCGGCUGUUUCCGUUGUGUUCUCCAUCGUUGUUGGUGCCCACAGAUUGACAACAGACACGCCUACAAUCGAAAUCAACGCAACGCGCGGGACGAAUGUGUCAUAUACUGCACUCGCCGGUAGUAUCAGGUUGGAUGGGAAUUCUACAACGCCAUCCGAGCUGAACCUCACCGUAUCCGGCCUUCCGAGCUGGCUCUCGGUCGAUAAUAAUACUUUCGAAAUCCAGGGUAAUCCCCCCGAGGAUGCAAAAUCUUCAAACUCUACGCUCACUUUCCGGGAUGUAUACUCUGAUACUCUUGACAUUAUUCUAUCGGUGUCCGUCGUUACGCGAAUCUUCCGGAACACAAACUUGAGCAUCGAGGCGACACCGGGAAAGAACUUCACCUUCGACGUGGAACCGUAUCUAUGGACGCCUUCAGACAUUGAUCUAAGUAUCGACUCCUCAGCAGACUGGGUCAAUGUCGAUGGCUUGGUCAUAUCGGGAAUGCCGCCCAAGACUACAUCCCCCGAGAAUAUUACAGUCAACGUCAAGGCGGCAUCAAAAAGCUCAGAGGAGACCGAGACGGUGACGGCAGACUUGGAAGUCUUACCUCUACCAGCCACUACUACCACCGAUUCUCCCACAUCUUCUACUAAGCCAACAAAUCCCGCGCCUACAAGCGAUCCGCAACAAGGCUUGAAAGCUGGUUAUAUCGCACUGGCGAUUCUCUUACCACUUCUAUUCCUCGCCAUUGUUGUCCUCUUAAUCAUAUGUUGCCGGAGGAGGCAAAAGCGAGAAUCGAUCCACGAGAACUUCAAAAACAGCAUAUCGGAACCAGUACCUGGAUCGUUUGUGAUGAACGGAGGGGCUCACAGCAGAGACGGAUCAUCGGUUGGGGAUUUGAAGAAGCCUGAGGACAAUCGACGCAGCAGGGGUUAUUUCAACUCUGCUGUACAAAAGAUGAGACAAUCGAGGACGCUUUCAACCAUUACCGGCUCUCGUAUGUCACAGUCAAAUACGAACAACCGCUCAUCAUACUGGAGGGGAUCUGAAAGAAGCCCUACGCCGAGAUCCCCAUCCGUCACGUCGUCCUGGCUUACAGAGGGCGUCCUGUUUCACCCUCAGCACACGCAUCAGGGAUCGACGAGCACCUACGACGGCCCGAGUGACGUGCUAUCUGGAUCUUCUGGCUUUCUCCAGGGUCAACGAGAUGAUUCUUUCCGGAGCGUGCUGGACGUCACCAUCCCGUCUAUAAAUGCGGAAACAAGUAGUAUCCAGGCAACACCUGACCUUGCUUACACGAGCCCGUGGGGAGAGCCAUCCAGAUUGACCCUCGACAGGUCGCAGCUGCUACCGGGCGCCUCUGGCUCUGAAAGUCUGGCCUCGAUCCCAGAACAGCCAACGCCAUUGGGCUCAAAUCCCACGAAUGGCAAUAGGUUUUCGCCGUCACAACGACCACGGAAAGCUUUUCCUAUCAUGAGUGACUUGGGAUCACAAAGCAGUCUUCGCAGCUCGAGAUCGGGAUCAGGAAGGGGCAGGUUCGUUCGGCAGGAUUCAAGGCCGGAUUCGCGUCAUGGCUCAGUUUCACGACCGAUCAGCAGGAAGUCUGACUCAAGUCCCUUCUUCGGCGGUCGCUCAGUCGUUCCCUCGCGCAACAGGUACAUUCUGGACAGCGACGACUCUGAUUCCCUCGAGUCGGCCAGGGGUACGGAGAACUGGCGGACGAUACCGCCACCGAGAGACUCGCUCGGCAUCGCCUACGAGGAAUUGACACGAAGCUCUCCCUUUAUGAGACACACGCCAUCGCUGUCUCCUCGGCCUCUCAGCAUCAUCAAGAAAGACUCGAGCGGGCCGGUGAACAGGGACAGCCGGGUAGGCAAGCAAACUCCUCUGUCACGGCAAUCAUCAUCCAGCUCCAACAUCAUGGCCGGACGCUGGAACAGGGACUCUCUCAUGCAGCGACGUGCCUCGGGCAACCGGCCUGAUUACGCAUCAUCAAGGGCAAGCAGCGAAGUGCUGGGCAAGGGGAAAGGGCUGGCGCGAUACUCGUCGGGGCCCGAGUCGGAGGGAUCUGGCUGGGUGACGGAAGCCGGAACAGUGGGGAACAAGGGUCCUCGGAGUCGGCGAGACAGCAGCAGUGAGGAUUUCCGCGUGUUCAUGUGA